AUGGCCGACAACUCUAUCUACUCAACAUUAGAGCUGCCUGCUGCACCUCGAGUCCAAGAUGACUCCAGAUGGAAGCUCAAAGCUGUCUUACACCGACCCUGUGUUUCCUACCUUGUGAUGGUGGCUUUGGGGCUUUUGACUGUGAUUCUCAUGAGUCUUCUGUUGUACCAACGGACUCUGUGCUGUGGCUCCAAGGGCUUUAUGUGUUCCCAGUGCUCCAGGUGCCCCAACUUCUGGAUGAGGAAUGGGAGCCACUGUUACUACUUCUCAAUGGAGAAAAGGGACUGGAACUCUAGUCUGAAGUUCUGUGCAGACAAAGGCUCGCAUCUCCUUACAUUUCCGGACAACCAGGGAGUGAACCUGUUCCAGGAGUACGUGGGUGAGGACUUUUACUGGAUUGGCUUGAGGAACAUCGAUGGCUGGAGGUGGGAAGAUGGCCCAGCUCUCAGCUUAAGCAUUCUUUCUAACAGCGUGGUACAGAAGUGUGGCACCAUCCACAGGUGUGGCCUCCACGCCUCCAGUUGUGAGGUUGCUUUGCAGUGGAUCUGUGAGAAGGUCCUGCCCUGA